AUCACAGGAUUGAGCUUUAACCUCUGGUAGUUGCUUAUUGACUGCAGAAGAAACAGAAGCUACUCACUGAAAAUACUUCCUCCAAAUCCUUUUUGCAGGCAAACUUGAAGGAGAGGCUCUCACCCUCUGCAGCUUUCCCUGAAACCCAAAAGUUCCUUCCUCUCUCAGCAAUGGCUAUGGUGUGUCUUUCUGACUUUGAAGCUUAUGCUAAGAAGUAUUUACCCAAGAUUGCUUGGGAUUAUUUUGCUGCUGGGGCAGAUGACUGUACCACACGAGAUGAAAACAUCCUGGCAUAUAAAAGGAUUCGUUUCCGGCCACGUAUGCUGCGGGACGUAUCCGUGAUGGACAUUAGGACUAAAAUCCUGGGUUCUGAAAUCAGCUUUCCUGUGGGAAUUGCCCCUACAGGCUUCCACCAGUUAGCAUGGCCUGAUGGAGAGAAAAGCACAGCCAGAGCGGCCAGAGCAAUGGACACCUGCUACAUUGCCAGCACCUACUCCACCUGCACGCUGGAGGAGAUCGCCGCCGCCGCACCCGGCGGCCUCCGCUGGUUCCAGCUCUACAUCCACCGCAACAGAGCAGCUUCCCAGCAGCUGGUCCAGCGGGCAGAGGCCUUGGGCUUCCAGGGCCUUGUCCUCACCGCGGACCUGCCCUACACAGGCAAGAGACGCGACGACGUCCGCAAUGGUUUCCGCCUUCCUCCCCACAUGAAAGUGAAGAACUUGGAACGAGACUUUGAGGGAGAUGACAGGUCUGAGUAUGGACUGCCACCCAACAGCUUGGAUCCUUCAGUCACCUGGAAUGAUAUCUACUGGCUGCAGAGCCUGACACGCCUGCCCAUCAUCAUCAAAGGCAUAUUGACAAGAGAAGAUGCAGAGCUGGCAGUGAGACAUGGAGUUCAGGGAAUUAUUGUGUCCAAUCAUGGUGGAAGGCAACUGGAUGAAGGACCUGCCACUAUUGAUGCUCUGGCUGAGGUUGUGGAGGCAGUACGAGGCAGAGUCGAAGUUUAUGUAGAUGGUGGAAUACGAAAAGGAAGCGACGUAUUAAAAGCACUGGCACUGGGAGCAAAAUGUGUCUUCAUUGGAAGACCAGCGUUAUGGGGCUUGGCUUACAAGGGUGAAGAAGGUCUUCAGGAUGUCCUGAGAAUUCUGCAGGAUGAGUUUCGCUUGUCUAUGGCCUUAGCUGGCUGUGCCAGAGUCUCAGAGAUUGGCCAACACCUGGUUCAGUUCUCAAAGCUGUGAUCAACCUCCUGCCAUGCCCACCAAACAGAGCCAGGUGAAACUAAGGUCCCAACCAGACUGAAGAUGAAAAAGGAGGUGAAAUAAGUAUCUCAUAAGGCCUUCUGGAAACCUCUGAAGAGAUUAGGAAAGGCUCUGUAUUAGCAAAGGCUGCACUCUGCUUUUAUUGAGAGCAAUGAAUUCCUUAACAGUUCAGUUAAUUGCUACUUGUCUAAAUACAUUUGCUUUAAGCUGGCUUUUCCACAGCAUUGCCUUUGUUGGGUCUUCUUCCAAAGUUCUGCUACACUGGACAGCCAGCACGGGCCUUGCUUUUCCAGUUGUCCUGCCAAGUCUCACUUUAAUCCAACCCACACACCUCUCCUGCUCUGGGACAAUAAGUGUUGUGGCUUCUUUCUUCCAUAGAUUUUUUUCCUGGAUGUAUUCAUGACAGAUAUAGAAAUAAGAUGAAUCAGCUACCAGGCACCCCAGCUGCCCUUUGAAGGUGGGAGCAGUUCUUGUCCACUGCUCUAGAUGCAAAGCAAUGAAGGAGUGGAGCAGAGUCCCACCUGUGGGGCACAGAGCCAGCUCAGAGGUGCACAGCCCCUGCCUCACUCUGCUUUGGAGCUGGCAGACAGCAGGAUACCCAUUGCCCUGGCAUGUACAGGUACAUGCUACCAAAAGGUGACCUUUUGUAUAAAGCCUACUUUAAAUCAGCCCAAAGGAGGCAGAAGGAAGAAACGAACCCCGUUUAGAAGCUCAGUUUGUUUAGUCUUUAAUUUCUCUCAGAGAUAACAGUGUCUGCAGUGCUCUUCCAGAGAAGGCCUUCACACGGAGGCCUUCCUCUCUGUUCCAGCAACAAUAAACCUUGUCUGCAGACUGACAGCCUGGCAGAUAAGAUUUGGGAAUCACACCACAUCACCCAUGUUGAAGCAUUUCAAGGAUGCACAAGAAGCAAAUAAGACAACUGGGAGAGCUCUGCCCACGAAGGCUGAAGGCAGGGGGAGGGGAAACAGCAUCGCUGCCUUUUACUGCUCGUUUGGAGGAGAUCCAGGCCAACUUCUUGGAAUUGUGCUGUAAAAGGGGGAAAGGCAACAGGCACAAGUGGCAAAGAGGAAAAUUGCGAGUAGAAAUCAGUGGGGGAAAAAAAUCACCGUGAGGGCAGUCAGACACUGCAACACGGGAUUUGUGAAACCUCCAUUGUUAGAGACAUCCAGAGCUUGCCUGGGUAAGGUCCAGAGCAGCCUCUCUGGCACUGCUGUAAGAAGAGGCUGGCACAGAGAUCUCCAGAGGCUGCCUUUAAUCUGAAUUGUAGGGGAUAUCACAGAAUCAUAAAAUAAGAGCUGCACAAGAGAUCUGUACCCUGCCAUAGCACCGUGCUGCCAUGGCCAGCUACGUGGAGCUGCAGAGGCAGAACGUGUAUCCCUGUGAAAGGCAUUUUCUGAGUGAAAAACAAAAGUAUUUGGUGAGUGAACUUAAAGUGAGAGGUCAUAGGGUUCAAUCAGGAUGAGAGUCUAUCAAGCCCAGUUUUCCAAGACAUUGAAAGUUUUCUAUGAUCUAGAUUACGCCUAAGCCAAAUUUUCAUGCCCCAUUGCCUGCACCCAGUUCUGCUCUACAUACUUCCUUGUUACAUCUCUGAUUCACAUUCAAGCAAGGUUAAAUCUUACAAAAAAACUGUCCUUGAAGAUUGUAAGUAUGUAGGUUAAGGACUAAUCAAAGGCUGCUACUUCCCAGCAUCCCUGGAGGAUGGGACAGAGAAUCAGCCUACUUACAAGGGUAGCUUAUCUACAUAAUGGAUCCAAACAUAAACAUUUUUAUUUGGCAUAUGAUGCAAAUUUCUCCAGCCUUUAAAUAUAUGAGUUGGUCAUCAAUUUCAGCUGAGGAAAUAAAGUUCUUCCUAAAACUAAAGGGAAAAGGAGACUAAAUGUUUCUAGUUUGUUACUAGUUAAUUUCCCAAAUCAUGUGCUAUCUAAUAUAGCAAAGAUUGCUACAAGCAGGCCUUUUUGACCUUGGAGAUAAUGUCAGAAAUGUUUACAAUCACUUUCUCUGUUCUACUGGAAGAAUUUUGGUAUUACUGAAAUAGGAAAUAUUUUCUUUGUCAGGUUUGAAGACACAGAAACACUGAGGCCUCUUAAAGUGAUUUGCUUCAUACCUUGAUUAAAGUGAUCAAAGUGUCUUACAACUCUUCUCCACUAUGAGAAGUUGUAUUUAUUCAGAGUCUAAUACAGGAAAGUUUUCCAGAAGUUAAUUAUUUAAAUAUUUUUUUCUCUCUUGUCAAUGUGUAACUAGAAGAAAGGGAAAUGUUUCCAGGAGGGAACAGUGCCUCCCACCCUGAAGGGAAGAAGUUUUCCUUGAGUAAAUCUACAUCUCAAAGUCCAGCCUCUCACCCAGAGCUGUCAGAAUGUAGGCAUUUUGAGCUUACAGGCAUACAGUGGUAAGAAACACAUUAAUUUUUCACAUGAGAAAAAACAUGGAAUUUGUGUUGUGUGUGUGUGUGUGUGUGUGUCUGUCAUUUUUGCCACAAUUACUCUAUAUUUAGAAAUCAAAAGGUCCAGCUAAAUAAUGAGUAUGCUUUUGCUUUUCCCUGCUUCAGUUCUCAUAGGUCUGGGCAAGAGGCCAGACUUCAGAAACCCCUUUCCUGAAUUAAAAUUCUUUCUGGAAAAAUA